UGUUUUAGUUAAAUUCUUUGGCGUACAGUGUGGCCGAGAAGUAGAUGUACAGUAAUUAGUUUUUUGUCACCUGUAUGUUAUUUAUUAUUCUGGUACACUCCACUUGUAAUUCUGAACGGGUUGAUCCGUAUUCAACAAAUGCUACCUCUGAAUUAACGAACUGCUUGCAGACAUAUUCUUUCAAAGUUCUGCGUAGAGUAACCACUCAAUGUAAUGUUUACUUGAUAUAGUCUGCUGUCACAGACGGGAAUAGGAAAGUUUUCCCUUCCUGUACGAGAGAAGUACAGGAUUACCAAAUGUCUGCUAAAUGCCGUCAAAUGAUAUUGCGUACCUGGUACAGGAGAUCGCACCCUGUUACCUUCAAGGGUGUAUAGCAUACCUACUAUGGGCUCAUGCCUUUGUAAAGAUCAAGAUUCACGAACUGAAGAAAGAACACAGAAUGGCUCAGCAGUUCAGUCCGCUCCCGUACACAUUCCAGCCGGAGAUUGCAGGGAAUGCCAUACAUCAGAAGAAAAUUGCGGAUUUUCGCAAAGGUUUCGUUCAUCAGCGACAGUUGACAGACUUGUUUUGGAAACGCUCAGCGUCAUUGGCUCAAUGGUCGAGAAUGAACAGGAGCCACCACCUGCCAUGUUGAGACUGCAUUCUAUAGCAGAUAGAGAGGAUGGCUGGAUUCAGGUGGUGAGCUCAAUGGUGCAUGUGAUUCCAAUGAAUGAUCCUCUUGGACCAGCUGUUAUCACAUUGUUAUUGGAUGACUGUCCUCUUCCAACAAAGGAGUCGGUGGUACGAUUGUCAAACAUGCUUUCACUGUCUGCAGCUGUUUCACACCGAGGGCGAGUGUCUCCCACAGAACAGAGGAAUGUGUGUGUUGUAUUAGGCUGCCUCGCAGAAAAACUUGCUGGCCCAUCGAGUAUUGCAAUACUGACGCCUGGCACUCUGGAUUACCUUAUUGCCAAUUUGAAUGAAAAUAUCAACCCAUCUGUAAUACUAUUUUCAUUAAUUGCACUGGAGAAGUUUGCACAAACAAGUGAAAACAAGGUGACUAUAAAGAAACGUCUGAAGGCAGAAGUUAAAAAUCCACUUACUUCUUUGGAAACUUGGGUAGGCUGUGAGCACUUUGUCAAGAGGCAAGUGGGCUUUUGUGCUCAGUGGUGUCUAGACAAUCUUUUUCUGAUAGAGGGACGUAAAUUCUCUUAUGAAUGUGUUGAUACUACUGGGAUAAAUGUCAUGCUUAACACAAAGGAUGUUAGUGAAUACCUCAAGAUCUCACCUGAUGGACUGGAGGCACGAUGCGAUGCUUACUCAUUUGAGAGUGUUCGCUGCACAUUCCAAGUUGACGAAGGUGUCUGGUAUUAUGAGACACAGGUAAUCACACCUGGUGUGAUGCAGAUAGGAUGGGCUACCAAAGAUUCUACGUUCCUUAACCAUGAAGGUUACGGAAUUGGAGACGAUGCUUUUUCUGUCGCAUAUGAUGGAUGUCGACGACUUAUAUGGCACGAUGCCCACAAUCGAGCUCAAGGCCAGUCAGCUUGGAAAGCAGGUGACAUCUUGGGGUGCCUUCUUGAUUUGACUGUGCCCGAGGCCAUCUUCUACCUCAAUGGGGAGGCCCUCGCACCCUGUACUGAUGUGUUUGGCAUUGCAAGGUCAGGAUUUUUUGCAGCAGCAAGUUUCAUGUCAUUCCAGCAAUGCCGUUUCAAUUUUGGUGCAACUCCAUACCGCUUCCCACCAAAGGAUCGCAACUUUCAGAGCUUUAACACGCAUGCCACUCUUGAUCCUGCAGACAAGGUUGUCCUGCCCAGGCAUGUACGUUUGGAGGAGCUUAGAAAACUGUCAGUGAGAGAGGACUCGUGCUCCCUCUGCUUUGACAGGCGUGCCUCUGUGCGCUUGGAGCCUUGUGGACAUCAGGGCUUCUGCUCCAGCUGUUGUACGCAGUUGUCAGAGUGCCCCAUGUGCAGGGCACCGAUUGCUUCCACUGUUCCAGAUAACCCUUCGUGAUACUGUGCCAUAUAGAAUUAGCCAAGACUGUCAGGAUUAUGGCAACAUCUUCCGUUCGAGGAAGAACAGCAUUAAGUCUGAGUGAUGUCGUGUGUUGUGACAAUAUGGCUGAAGCCUGCAGUUUUCAGUACAGAUGUCCUACUUAAUUUUGCAUUACGCAUACUGGUCAAUUUUUGUGAGGAGGACUACUACUAUAUUUAUUUGAUAUGUAUAGUUGUUACAGUGAAAGUGAUUUUGUAUUGUUUAAUUAUUAAAAGAGUUCUUAUAACA